AUGACAGACUCCGCCUGCACGUUCGCCACCGCCACCGCUGCGGCGGCGAGCACUGCCGCCCCCGCCUUUAAUUUUGAGCCCCUCCAAAAGACUAACGUCGACCUCUUCGCCACGGCGCCGCAGGUGAAGAAGCUCACUCGGCGCGAAAAGGACAAGAUCCUGCGUGAGCUAGAGGUGAAACGUGCCACUGAUCACGCCUCCGACGACGCCAAGGAUACGGCCGGCAAGGGUAAGAGGGCUCAGGCGAGGCCGAGCGAUAGGAGCGCCGUGGUGGCGGAGGUGGUACGUUCUGCCACUGCGUCCUCCUCGUCCGGUGGGUCCAGGGGUGCCAGAAGUAAGGGCGACGGGCAGAGAAGCCUCUUUGAGACCGUUUUCGACACCAAGGAGGUGGAGCGAGAGCUCGCCACCCAAGAGGGUCGCCGCAACCGGAAGCUCUCCAAAAAGCAGGUGCUACGACACGCACUGCACGCCAAUGAAGAAGAGGAUGCACGCACUAUCUUCGUAGGUAAUCUGCCCAAUACGAUCCACAAGCGCGACGUUGAGAAGAUUUUCAAGUCGUGUGGCAGCAUCACGGCAGUCCGCAUCCGCUGCCAGGCACUCGAGGAACUCGACGAGAAGCACCAAAACAUGGGUCGUGCCGUGCGUGUACUGCGCGGGGAAAUCAAAAAGGACGCCAAGUACAGCUCAACGGCGUACGUCCUCUUCGAUUCCGCCGAAUCCAUUGCGUCGGCGCUGGAGAAGAACGGGUUGGUCUUCCACAACCGCCACAUCGUUGUGACGACGAUGGAUGUGGAGAGUUGUGCCUACCCGCCGGAGACGUCUAUCUUCCUCGGUAACGUGGCCUACGACACGACGGAGGAAGAUGUCUGGAACUUCUUUCAGGAGCAUGGCAUCCGAGACGUGAAGCGAGUCCGCCUGGUGCGGGAUCGCGAGACCGGCGACUGCAAGGGCUUCGGCUACGUAGAGUUCAUGCACGCCUCGUCUGUCCACCCUGCCAUCGAGACCCGCGGCGACAAGCUUAAUGGGCGUGAGCUCCGCAUCGUGCACGUUAAUAAAUCGAAGGAAGUGAAGGCAGCCACGACAAGCCGACGUGAGAAGCGACGCAAUGAGCAUGGCGGCGACCGUGGAGGUGCAGAGGAGCGCAAACGAGCUCGCAGCGAAGGUGACAGUCGCGGGGGCAGCAGAAGCAACCAAGGGUCCUCUAACUUCAAGAAGCCACGCAACGAGUCCGACCUUCCCUCGUGGGCGGGUUUAACGACGAACCCGCGGCGCAAAAUGCCAAAGGACCUGCGGCCGCUUGUGGAGGGCAAGGUAGAGUUCAAGACGCGCGGUCCCCGUGCACCUGUGAAGCACAAGACACGCAACCCAGAGAAGUAA